GGCGCCCAAAUCCCGGUGGAUGAGCUCCACUUCUCUGCCCCUGACGAUAUCCUUAAAUCCCGUACCUGCACCAUGUCCAUCCCAGUGAGUGAGUGACCUUAACCAUCUGCUUCCAUCAUGUCUUACACCGGCCGUUGUAACUGUGCCAGUAUCUCCAUCACUCUCCCUGAGCAGCCGGAGAGGAGCGUUCUCUGCCACUGUACCAACUGCAAAAAAGCAGGAGGCGGUUCAUUUUCCGUCAACUACUUUGUAGAUGAAGAUGAUAUGACGGUCGAGGAUCCCAACGAGGCAUUGAAAGUGUACCAUGACCCCAAUACCGCUUCGGGCAAUACCAUCAAGCGUCACUUUUGCUCCAACUGUGGAAGUCCGCUGUAUACACUCUCCCCCAAAGUGCCGGGGAAGGCCUAUCUCAAGGCCGCGUUGUUUGAGAGUGUGUCUCGGCCGGAACUGGUGGUGUUUGAAGAGCGGCAGCCGAAGUGGGUGACGAUCCAUAUGGCUUAGUGUCAAUUCCGUGGUUUGGUUAGCGUGGGCGGAGUCUGGGGUAGUGGAGUUGAUAGCAUGUGAUGUGUGAAUGUAAUCGAG